AUGGAUCGGUUCGAAACCGACUCUGGAGUCGUCAUUGUGAGCACCAACUCUGCGGGUUCUUACACGACGACAUGGACGACUACUAAUUCCGAUGGAUCGUCGAAAACCGACUCUGGUAUUGUGAUCAUCAGCACCAACUCUGCGGGUUCGUUCUUCACUACUACGUCUGAGUUCCCUAACUUGACUAGUUACACGACGACGUGGACGACUACUAAUUCCGAUGGAUCGGUCGAAACCGACUCUGGUAUUGUGAUCAUCAGCACCAACUCUGCGGGAUCGUUCUUCACUACUACGUCUGAGUUCCCUAACUUGACUAGUUACACGACGACGUGGACGACUACUAAUUCCGAUGGAUCGGUCGAAACCGACUCUGGUAUUGUGAUCAUCAGCACCAACUCUGCGGGUUCGUUCUUCACUACUACCUCUGAGUUUCCAAAGUCAAUAGCGGGAACCGAAUACACCACGACAUGGACGACUACUAAUUCCGAUGGAUCGGUCGAAACCGACUCUGGAGUCGUCAUUGUGAGCACCAACUCUGCGGGAUUGUUCUUCACUACUACGUCUGAGUUCCCUAACUUGACUAGUUACACGACGACGUGGACGACUACUAAUUCCGAUGGAUCGGUCGAAACCGACUCUGGUAUUGUGAUCAUCAGCACCAACUCUGCGGGAUCGUUCUUCACUACUACGUCUGAGUUCCCUAACUUGACUAGUUACACGACGACAUGGACGACUACUAAUUCCGACGGUUCGUUCGAAACCGACUCUGGUAUUGUGAUCAUCAGCACCAACUCUGCGGGAUCGUUCUUCACUACUACGUCUGAGUUCCCUAACUUGACUAGUUACACCACGACAUGGACGACUACUAAUUCCGAUGGAUCGGUCGAAACCGACUCUGGAGUCGUCAUUGUGAGCACCAACUCUGCGGGUUCGUUCUUCACUACUACGUCUGAGUUCCCUAACUUGACUAGUUACACGACGACAUGGACGACUACUAAUUCCGAUGGAUCGGUCGAAACCGACUCUGGUAUUGUGAUCAUCAGCACCAACUCUGCGGGAUCGUUCUUCACUACUACGUCUGAGUUCCCUAACUUGACUAGUUACACGACGACAUGGACGACUACUAAUUCCGAUGGAUCGGUCGAAACCGACUCUGGUAUUGUGAUCAUCAGCACCAACUCUGCGGGUUCGUUCUUCACUACUACGUCUGAGUUCCCUAACUUGACUAGUUACACGACGACGUGGACGACUACUAAUUCCGAUGGAUCGGUCGAAACCGACUCUGGUAUUGUGAUCAUCAGCACCAACUCUGCGGGUUCGUUCUUCACUACUACGUCUGAGUUCCCUAACUUGACUAGUUACACGACGACGUGGACGACUACUAAUUCCGAUGGAUCGGUCGAAACCGACUCUGGUAUUGUGAUCAUCAGCACCAACUCUGCGGGUUCGUUCUUCACUACUACCUCUGAGUUUCCAAAGUCAAUAGCGGGAACCGAAUACACCACGACAUGGACGACUACUAAUUCCGAUGGAUCGGUCGAAACCGACUCUGGAGUCGUCAUUGUGAGCACCAACUCUGCGGGUUCGUUCUUCACUACUACGUCUGAGUUCCCUAACUUGACUAGUUACACGACGACAUGGACGACUACUAAUUCCGAUGGAUCGGUCGAAACCGACUCUGGUAUUGUGAUCAUCAGCACCAACUCUGCGGAUCGUUCUUCACUACUACGUCUGAGUUCCCUAACUUGA